UGGUGUGUCUGGGCGGCGGCGGCGGCGUUCCCGGCCCGGGACGGGGAACGUGACCGAACCUGAAGCGGCAGAGCUUGCGAAGGUUGGCGCCAGAGCCCGCUGCCUCUCUAGUCUGAGUGUCCACAACCAGACCCUACUUCCCGAGUGACCCGGGACAGUAACAAAACAAAUAAAAGCCCGCACCCAACCCCCGCCUCCAGCCUAGGUAUCUAAUAACUUUGGAAUCAGUAAGCCAUGGCAUCAAAGAAAUUUGCUAUUAAAUGCGGGGAUUUUGCUGUCCUGGUGGAUCUUCACGUAUCACCGCAAGGUUCAAACAAAGAUACCAGCUGGUUUUCUGAACAGAACAAAGAGGAAGUCUGUUUACUGUUAAAAGAAACCAUUAAUUCAAGAGUUAAGGAGUACUUGGAAGUUCGUAAACAGCACAGGCCAUCAAAUUCAGAAUUCACAAGAUCCAGUCCCUUGUCCUUAAAAGGUUAUGGCUUUCAAAUCACAGCCUAUUUCCUCAAGAGAGGAAUACGCCUUCGCUGUUUCGGAGGUUCACAGAGUCCUGAACUUCGCGUAUUCCCUGACAGAUUUGUAGUCUGUGUAAGUCAGCUUGCACUCACUUGUGAUCUUUCAAGGCAGGAUGAAUUGACGGAAAGAGCUCUUCGCGGAGCAUCUGAUUAUUUUGCUGAGUGUGCAGUGAGUCCACUUCCUCCCAGUGCAAAGCUCAAGAGAAACACUCUGAAAGAAAUUAUGAAAAGAGCUGAAACAAAAAGCAGCAUCAUGAGCAAAUCGAAGAGCAGUAGGGACAUUGUGGGAACAUCGAGUGACUCAGUGAUUGCAGAGUUGGCAGUGAAAAACAGUGACCGUCAGGCUUCAUCCAGUGCCCCUUCGGAGUCCCCGGGGCAAGCAAAAGAUUACAUACAGGCAGCUGAGAGCCAUCGGGGGCUUUCUGUUCAAAAGCUGGAAAAUGUUCAUCAGGCGCAGCCAGAAGACACCAGCAGCCAGCAAAAACCUCAUCCUGGGGAGUGGUUAGAGACAGGGCCUCUAAGCGGGAGCCCUGUCUGGAGCUGUGAGUCAGCAUCACCAGGUCCAAAACAAAGUCCACGAGGGGCCAGAACACAGCAGAGACGCAGGAACCGCGGCUCUGCGCAGGGCUCCGACCACCACAGGAGAGUUUCUCUUGGAAGUGAUCGAUUCGUCCCCAGAGAAAUAAGAGUGGAAAAAAGCAAAGCUGUCAGGGUUCUGCCAACUUUGGAGCUGUCAGAUCCGGGGUUACUUUUGAAACAAGAUUUGGCAAAAACCACGUCUAAUGAAGAGUUGCAUGUUUUGGAAAAUCUCUCCUCCAGACAUCUUAUGAAAACUAAGCCAGGGAAGGCAGAGCAGACUGGCUCAGCCACAAACACUGAAAGAUUAGCUACAACCCAGGGCAGCCCAACCAAGAAAAGGAAGAAGUACGAAAGAGCCACUGACUGACGAGGACUGCAGUGCUGCGGUUGAGGGAUGUAGUGGCCAGGCUGCGAAAAAUGAGAAGUGUGUAUAGAUGCUGUGAUUUCAAAGGAAUUCGAAUGACUUUUUUAAGUAGAAAAAUGUAUGUCUGUGCUAGGGUUAGUUUUCAGAGCAGUCACUUCAGGAGCCUCCGUGCUUGUUCUAACAACAGUGCUGCCUUCUCGUCAAACUGUGUAAAAUUAUUUUAAUAGAAAUUUAUUUUAAUGCUAAACAUCCAUUCCCUUUGUCAGGGACGACACCAUUGCUGAAGAAGUGCAUGAAGACACCAGUGUGUGUCUCUGGGGCACGUGCUGUGCAGAUCAUGGAAGGGGCAAUCAAGACAGUGCCACAGGGCUGCAGUUCACUUCUGGGGGUUCAGUUUACCCUCCUGCUCCGUGGCUGAAGAGGGCAGCAUCGAAGGAGCAGGCUAGUGGUUCUCAGCAUCCAGUGCUGCACCAGCAUCACUGUCAGAAAAUGUGUUAGAAACGCAGAGCGUGGACCCUGUCCCAGACACAUGGAGUAAGAAACUGGGUGAUUCUGAAACAUGCUCAAGUUUGAGGCCCACCAUGCUAAUUGGAGACUGCCUGGUGUUUAUUUCCACCAGCCUGGCUACUAUGGCUCCCGCUUAUCAGCUGGGGCUACAUGUGGACACAUACACCCUUGUGCUCCCUCAUACUUGUAAAGCACCUGAAUUCAGUGUAUGAGUCACUGUUCCUAGGUUCUUAAGUAUGGCAGCCAUAGCACCCAGACAGCUAUUACUUACCCUAAGAAUUGCAAGACCUUCCACAGAUAAUUUGGCCCAGCACUAGAAGACACAGCAGAGGCUUGUUCUUGCUUGUCGCUCAGGCCUACCCCUGUCCCUACCUCUUGAGAUUUGGGUUAGGUUCAGGACUGACUAGAACCCACAGGGAACUCAGUGGCCAGAGUUUCCUGUUUCCCGUUUGGAAGACUUCACAGACAGCUUAAAUUUCAAAACAGGAGUCUUAGAUUUUUAGUCUUACCCACUAAUGUCUCCAGUGGGCUUGCUGAAAUGUCUUACAGUGAAUCAUUGCAAUAACUUAUUUUGGAUGGACACCUAACUAAAGAUUUCCUUAACUCCAUUUCAUUCUAAAAUAGGGAAAAAAAUCAUCUUUAAAGGCCACCCAUCAAUUUUAUCUUUUUUUUUUCUGUUCAACAUUGGGUGGUCCUUUGAAGUAGCACCUCCUUAGUAACAAGGAAAAUCAGUAUAUUCCUGAAAGUGGAGUGAGCAGAAAAAUAACCCAGAAAAAGUCCAAUAAAAUAUAAGAAUAUGGAAACAGAUAGUGUAAGUUCAUGCUUAAGACUAACUAGAGGUUUCUCCCAGCUCAUUCUCUUCUUCCCAUGUCUUCUUCCCUGGCUUGUAUGGUAAGGUAAGACUCAUUAAGAAGCAACCAUAUUUCAUAGCAGCAUUUUAGGUCAUGAAGUUCAGUCUUGGUUACUACACCUGUCCAUGGAUAUAGAUGUUCUUCCUUUGAUGUUCCAAACCCUGCCUGGAAAUCUGUCCCCAUCCUGUGAUCCCAGUCCCCAUCCUGUGAUCCCAGCCUCCCCACCCCCCCACUAGAAGUAUGGCCCUGCCCAUUGGGAUCUUUUCCUCUUCCCUCCUAGUUUAUUUCCUCCCCAACUGUUCCUAGUCAAAGCACUCUAGAAGAGGGAGCCCGACAGAAUGCUCACCGCAGCGAGCAGAUUCCACCCAUCCAGCAGGGGGGCACUAGACGCAGUGCAAACCUGAGGAAGUGCUAGAACAUGAUUUCUGUGGCCCAUUGUCGGCCUCUCUCUUAGAGGUCAGUACACUAGGUCUGCUCUUCACUGAAGACAAGACCACAGUGUGGCAUUGAGUCCUCUUAAACAGAAACAACUAUUGGAACCGUUUAAAUGGGGGGCACAAGUAAGCCAGGAAACAGUAAGCUCACUGGAAGGGUUUAGAAUAAAGACAGCCAUUCCAGAGCAAUAGCUAUAGAACUAGAAGGAGAUGUUUGAGCUGGAGGCACCAGAGAAAUUUUUUAUUGAGAAGUUUUUAUUUCAUUGGUUAACUUGGGCCUGAUGGUUAAAUUCGAUUCUUAUACUUCUAAUGAUUUUCUUUCAAGAAAAGUCUUGGCUUUAGAGUUUGGUGUAUUUGUGCAAAUAACAGUUACUGUGAUUAAGAGAGAAAAUAGUACCAUUGGUUGCAGCUUGAUGGGGUCUUUCUCAUAGACAUCAUGUACACGGAUUUUAACAGGAUUAACGCGCCAGCAGCUCUCCGCUUCCGCACCACGGCAUGUGGUUGAGGAAUUCUGCUUCUGAGCAUUUUCCUUCCACAUGUCUGAAACACCCCUGGGUCUUUGUUACUUGAGUGGUUAUGUCAUUCUUUGGAUAUUUGUAAGUACAAAAGGGAAAAUGGCUACUAGCUUUUUUGUUUAUUAGGUGGGAGAUGAGUUCUCUACUGUUGGGAGUGGUCUGUAUUCUGAUAUUUUUAAUAAUGUUAGUAAUUAAGCAACUGAAAAUCUGAGACCCUGUCAGUGUACUUAGUCAAAAAGGAGCAAGUUCUUCAACCACUUACUUAAUAACCCAAAUUAAAUGUAUAUAUAUUCAAGUCCCUAUAACUCUGAUGCUCAGAAGAAAUGUAGAUCCAAUUUGAUUGAUGUUACGACUUUGAACUCCCUAACUUUCUCAGUGUCUUGACUUCUAGGUCACCUCCAUGUGCUUUCAAAUGACUUUUUAAUAGAUUGGUGUUGGGUUUUUCCUUGUUUUGUUAUGUUGUGUGUGUGCGUGUCUUUUUAUG